AUGGUCUACCCGUGGACCUUCACCUUCCUCUGUGGUUUGCUGGCAGCCAACCUGGUAGGAGCCACCUUAACCCCUCCUGUGGUUCUCAGUCUCAGCACAGAAGUCAUCAAGCAAAUGCUGGCACAGAAACUGAAGAAUCGCGACGUUACCAACACCCUGCAGCAGCUGCCACUGCUCACUGCCAUGGAGGAGGAGUCGUCCGGGGGCAUUUCCGGCAGCCUGGUGAAAUCCAUCCUGCAGCAUAUCCUCUGGCUGAAAGUCACCUCAGCCAGCAUCCAUCAGCUGCAGGUGCAGCCCCUGGCCGAUGGCAGGCAGCUGAUGGUCAAGGCCCCCUUGGACAUGGUGGCUGGAUUCAACACGCCCCUUUUCAAGACCGUUGUGGAGCUGCACAUGGAGGUGGAGGUCCAAGCCAUCAUCCACGUGGAGACAAGCGAGAAGGACCACACCCGCCUGGUCCUCAGCGAGUGCUCCAACACCGGCGGAAGCCUGCGCAUCACCCUGCUGCACAAGCUCUCCUUCCUGCUCAAAUGCUUAGCUGACAAGGUCAUAAGCCUUCUGACGCCAGCGUUCCCCAAACUGGUGAAAAGCGAGCUGUGUCCUGGGCUCAAGGCGGGCUUUGAGGAUAUGCGUGGGGAACUCUUGAACCUAACGAAGGUGCCCAUGCCUCUCAACUCUGAGCACCUGAAGCUUGAUUUUAUUUCUCCUGUCAUCGACCAUGGUGUUGUCCAUCUCAUCCUGGGGGCCAGGUUGUUCAACUCGGAAGGAAAGGUGACUAAGCUGUUCAAUGAUGUUGGGGAUUCCCUGAAUCUGCCCACCCUGAACCAGACCCCCUUCAGGCUCACCGUGAGGAAGGAUGUGGUGGUCGCUAUCAUAGCUGCCUUGCUCCAUUCGGGAAAACUCACAGUCCUGUUGGACUCUGUGCUUCCUGAGGUAGCCCGCCAGCUGAAGUCAAGCAUCAAGGUGAUCGACGAAACGGCAGCAGAGCAGCUGGGGCCCACACAGAUCGUGAAGAUCCUGAGUCAGACGACCCCAAUGCUCAUUCUGGACCAGGGCAAUGCCAAGGUGGUCCAACUGAUCGUGCUGGAAAUAUUCGCCACCGAUAAAGACAGCCGCCCCCUCUUCACCCUGGGCAUCGAAGCCUCCUCGGACGUUCAGUUUUACAUCGAAGAUAGCCUACUUAUGCUCAGCUUUAAUGAAAUCAGAGCUGAUCGGAUCCAUCUGAUGAACUCAGACAUCGGCCUGUUCAACCCUAAACUUCUGAACAACAUCACCACCGAGAUCCUCACCUCCAUCCUGCUGCCAAACGAGAAUGGCAAAUUAAGAUCUGGGAUCCCAGUGUCAAUGGUGAAAGACUUGGGAUUUAAGUCGGUUUCGUUGUCUCUGACCAAGGACGCCCUUGUGGUCACCCCAGCCUCCUCUUAG